UUUAUACUUCUGUCUGUAAGAUUUAUGUUCAGCAAUUUUUAUUUAAAUAUUAUUCAUCGUCUAAGGAAUUUAAUAAUAGGUUGGCAAGCUUGCCUUAUUUGUUAUGCGUAACGUUGGUAGAAAAAAUUACCUAAACUGAGCUCAUGUAUGUGUCCGUGAGUUCAAAAUCAAUAUAGAUACUAAGUGUCGCCUCUCCUUACGUAGUAUAUUACUUAAUCUAUGCCGUAAUUCAAAAACUCAGUCUUCGACUUCGAGGGAGCGGUUUUUAAUUUUUUGCUUAUUAUUGUUGUAUUAUUUGUUAUCAGUAAUUAUUUUUUCUUUACCUAACUGUAACAUAUUAUGUGUAAAUGAUCUUGAAAUCUACUUCAAAAGUAAAGAAAUAUUGACAGUAAAUUGUGUGUACGGUUGAAUAAAUUUAAUUAAAUUUAGCAAUGGCAGAUAUCUUGAAAACAUUUGUGAGGGCAUCAGAAAGAGCUGCAUGUAUUGCCCGAUCGUGCUGUGUUCCCGAAUCUAGUAAAGAGAUACUAUUAGUUGCGGAAAAAUUUGAAGGCGAAGCUAACACUCGUUUUGAGCAUGACUUUAAGACUAUAGCUGAUGUUUUAGCUCAAGAAUCAGCUAAAACUGAAAUAGCACAUCAUUUCCCUGAACUCGCAAAUCACGUUAGAGGUGAAGAAUGUUCUGAAAUUGGUGGAAUUAAUGUAUCGAUUAUGCAAGAUGCAGAAGAAACUGCUAACUUACUUUCAUUGCUUGUUACACCAAGUGCAGCUAAAAGAAUGGCUGAGGCUGCUCACUGUGAGCUCCAGUUAGAUGUAUGUGAUAAAAUAAAUGUUAAUAUAUCAGAAAUAAAUGUUAGUGAUAUAGGUAUAUGGAUUGAUCCUAUAGAUGCAACAGCUGAGUUUAUAGCAGGAGUGCGACAUACAGCUAAUGCUGACCAAGGUCUACCGUGUGUAACAAUCCUUAUUGGAGCCUAUUUAAAAUCUACUGGAGAACCUAUUAUGGGAGUUAUUAACCAGCCAUUUUGGAAUGGUGGUAAAGGUCGUAUAGUUUGGGGCAUCAGUUACAAUGGAAUACAUAAAUGGGGCGGAGAUGCAAUAGAAACAACUGCAGAUAAUAAAAUAGUACUUAUGAGCAGUGCAGAAAAAUCUGAAAUUAUAGGAAAAGUAAAAAGUUCUGGUUUUGUUUCUCAAUCUGUUCCAGGAGCUGGUCAUAAACUUUUAAAAGUUGUAUUAGGAGAAGCAGUAGCAUACCUUGUGACUAAAGGAACAACAUUCAAAUGGGAUACAUGUGCGGCUCACGCUAUUCUCAGGGCUAAAGGAGGAGAUAUAGUUACCAAUGAUACAUUCACUCCUAUCACCUACAAUGAUCCUAUAGAUGCUGAUAAUCAAGUGUAUUGUAAUGCUGGUGGAAUUAUAGCAUAUUCUGACACUAGUGUGUUUGAUAAGUUAAAAGAAAUAUUAUCAUAACUCUGUUAAAAUUGUGGAAUUCUAUUUUAAUAAUAAUAAGUUAUUAUCAUUUCACAUAUUUUGAAACAUUAGUAUCAUGUUUAUCUUUAACCUUAUCUAGUCACCUGUGUGGUCUUUCAAAAACUAUAAGUUAUUUAUUGAUCAUAUAUUAGGAUUAAUUAUAAUAAUUGUGAUGUUACCGUUUUAUAUAUACAUUCUCCCUUUACUUAUUUUACUUAAUUAUAAUGUCUAUUAAUUUGUCUGGUUUUGAUAAACAAUGCGAAGGACUUCUAGGAAAGAUCUUAUAGUAAUAAGCCCAUAAUAAUUAAAUUGUUGACUGUAAUACCAAAACAAUGAAAUUACGAUAUGAAUGUGGCUGGCUCAUCAUAAUUCACAUGUUAAGUGCUGUCCGCACCCGCGUAACCACUAUGAACGCAAGUUUGGCAGCAUACGCAUAGCGUGUAAAAAAUGAUACGAUUUAUGAGUAGAUAGCAUAUUUGUUUUGCAGUAUUGCUUUAAGUUUGUUUUUGAGAUGCCUGGUGUGUGGCGUCGCACUGGCGUUGCACGUUCAAUUAACCAAUAGGUGUGCAGUCAACGUCCUAUUUACUGUCAUUAUGAAUACAUAAUCUAAAUCUUAAUCUUCGAUUCGAUUCCCUGAAAAAUCCAAUCAAAAUAUUUCAUCUAUACUUAAAUAUGUAAAAAAAUUAUCUAUUCUGAUUGGUGUUUCCAUGAUAAAUCGAAAAGCUAGUGAGGUCCCUUAUUGAAAUUGCGAGUUAAGAAAUAUCUCUACUGUUUGUUAUAUUUUUAUUUUAAUGGUUUUAAAUAAAGAUAUCAAUACAACACAUGUCAUAAUAAUGUGGUAUUAUUUAU